CUGGUGAAACUCUGCUCUUGUGUCUAUUUGUGUUUAGUUGGGGCUCUUCUAAACUAGUGAGUUUAAAGCAGUACAGAUUCCUCACAGAGAGUGAACACUGACACUGGUGAACAGCCCAUAGCCAGAGCAGAGACAGAGCAUUGAACAUGCUGAACAUGAAGACUCCUGGAGCUGUGCUGCUGUUGCUGUGGUCUGGUCUGGUUGUGGUUGCAGCAGAGAGUGGAGGCCUCCAGGAUGAAGCUACAGGUGCAGCCCCUGCCUGCCCCCAACAGAACUCCCUGUCUGAGGUGCAUGCUGGUCUGAGAGAGAUGGCAGCUCUGAUGGAGGAGCAGAGAGGGGAGUUCAGACUUGCUAAAGCACAAAUAGAGACACAAAUAGAGGAACUGAAGAAAGCAAAUGGAGACAGUAAGGUGGCCUUCUCCGCCUCCUUCUCAGUGUCGGCUGACAAACACAUCGGGCCCUUCAACACAGAAACUGCCCUGGUCUUCAACCAUGUCUUCAUCAAUAUUGGCAGCGCCUACAACCCAAACACAGGUGUCUUCACGGCUCCCGUGAGAGGAGUGUACCAGUUCAGCUACCACAUCUUUGCUGGAGGUGAUAACGGAGUUGGAGCUAACCUCCGAAAGAACGGCCAGCACGUGGUGGUCGCCUACAACCACAAAGCCCCCCACGACAUCAACACCUCCCAAGGGGUGUCUCUGCUGCUGGAGGUGGGCGAUAAAGUGGCCUUGAUUCUGGAGAAAGGGUGGUGGUUGGCUGCUUACACUGCUCACCCCACCACAUUCAGCGGGCAACUCCUCUUCCUCAUGUGAUGGAGAAGUAACACACAUGCACACACACACAUACAGACACUCACACAGCCACACCUACACACAAAGCUCACACACACAGACACUCAUAUACACACACACAUACUCACUCACACACUCCUACAGCAUGCACUUGCUUACAACACACUCACAUGAACACACAAAUACACAUUCUCUCCUUUAUAACAGCUGUGAUGAUUUUAUUGCAAGUACAGAUGGUUUUACUAUGUGGUGUUUCACAGUGCACCGUGUAUGAAAAUAAAUGAUCAUUUGGAUCAAUAUGUA